AAUCCAAGUGAAUUGGAACUUUGGAAGAUUAGGCUUUAUUCUUUAUAUUUCAAGGUUUGAUGGAUGCAUAGACCCUUAGAAUAUAUAGAAUAUAUAUGUACAAAGAUUAUUAAUGUUCUAAGCAUAGAUCUAAUAUCCUAAUAAUAAUAUAUUAGGUCUAUGGAUGGAUGAUAGAAUAGAUAAGGGGUCCUACUUUUGUAUUUAUCUAUGGAUGAUAGUAACUGUCAGUGGCCGACUUGUAAACAAAAUAUAUUCAUAAAUUAUUUUACAAUGGAAAUUAGCAGUCAUAUUCACGAUGUCUUAUAUUUUCAAUCUAAAAAGAAAGAAUUUAAGCCUCAAGAAUUUUUGAAUGCCAUAGUAAAUAUAAUUAAAACAAACUGUAGCGGAUGUGAAAUGAUUUUCACCUUAUUUACCACUGCCUUGAACUCUUACAAGUCAGGUAGAUGUUUAAAACCGUUUCCACCAAGUUUUCUUCAAAACGGCGUUGAAGAUAUAUCGAAUCUUAGAAAAUUGUGUGAAACUAUUCCAUCCUUACAGGAGUUCAAAAAUCGACCUGAAAUUUAUUCUUAUGAAAUACUAGAAUUAUUUUAUUGGCUCUUCAUUGAAAAAGCUUUCCCCUUACUUGAGGAAGUUCCAUUCGAAACUAUUCCUUUGAAUAGUGACAUAAGCAAGGGAUUCAGACCAGACUAUGUGUUUAAAAUACAUCACUGUAUGAAAAAUGACUUAUCUUUCAAGAAAAGAGCUGGCAAGAAGGGUAUUAUUUCGGCUUUCCACGGAAGCCAUGUAGAUAAUUUUUUUUCAAUAUUAAAAUUCGGUUUGCAACAACAUUUCAGUACAGAAAAAGAAACAAUAUUUGGAAAAGGAAUAUACUUAUCGAGUGAACUUUCAAUUAGUGCUCAUUUUUCUCCAUAUGGACAAACUUGGAAAAAGUGUAGCAUAGGAAGUAGUCACAGUAUUAUUGCUAUUUGUGAUAUAAUCAACGAUGUUGAUAAAGUUAAAUGUAAAGAUUCUAAACAUAAAGGAAGGUCAAUAAAUGAAAACAGUACUGGAGAGAUACCAGAAAAGUAUUUUAUAGUUACGGAUAAUGAAAUGGUUCAAUUGAGGUAUUUGAUGGUUUAUAAAAAAAAGAAAUUGGGAAAAUCUUGUUUCUUCAGCAACAUAUAUUGGAUGUCACUAGUAUUAUACUUUUUGAUGCUUUUAUUUAUAGGUUCCAGGGGUAUCUCCUGGAUAAAAAUGAUAAGUUUUAUAUUUGGUGACUUUGUUACUACAUGAUUUAUUUGUAAGGCUAGUAGUAUUUUUCAUUUUUUAAUAAAGGUCAUUUUUAAAAUU